UACAAGGUUAACACACUGAACAGCAUUAACGUACAAGUUUCAAGGAAUGUUUCAAGGGAAAAGAGACUGAGAGGUAUGAAAACAUCGGUGGAGAAGUUCAGUUUCUGACCUUCAGCAGUUUUGGUGCCAGCCAACAGCACUGUCCCCAAGGUGACAAGAGAAUCAUCUGUGCAACAUCUUUGCUGGGUUUUGGCCUGACUUUACAUCCAAAGAGCUCAGACUGGACUCAAGAAGGUUACAGAGUGCACCAAACUCCUGAUCUCAGAGUCUGAUUCAGCUCUGUCUGGAGUGCUGGCUGUCACAAACCAGCUACUUAAGGAAUGCAAUUUCUUCGCGUCUCUUCUGAUUUUAUUACGUGGUGGUUCAAGGUUUACGGAUUCCUUCAAGCUCUGUGGACAAGGCAGCAGCCAUUUCCCUGCUUCACCCAGAGGCUGUGGCUGUAGUUUCACCAUCAUUCCAACACAUGGAAGCCAUCAGUGUCUGACAUCCAGACUGUUCACUACCUUCCUGUGCAUUUCUGCAGACCCAGCUAUCAUUUUGCCAUCCAACCACCAUCACUACAGUGUCAGGCAGCAGCUUGUCGUUAUGUGGGAUUGGGUGAUGCUGGAACCACAGCUGUUGCAGUCUAUCACUUUAAAGAUAAGUGCAAAGAAUUAAGAACUGCUGAUUAAAACAAGUCUACUGAUUUGAAACUUCAAAGGAAUCAGACAGAGAAGACGCUACGUUUUUUAAGAAAUAAUUUUUUAGCUCUUACUUUGUUCCUUCAAAACUCUAUGUAAGUAACCUUCGAAAGAGGAGCUUAUGAGGAUGCUUAACAGCUGCAUAACCCAACAGAACCAUUCCUCCAAUGACACCGUGCUGCACUCCUCAGAGAAACCCCACGCUGUUCUGAUGGUGCUGUACAUCAUCAACCUGGCUGGCGGCACCCUCGGGGUCAUCAUGAUGUCCCAGCAGCUGUUCCGCAGGAGAUCCCAAUCCGUGAUGACCCUCAUGAUCAUCAGCCUGCUGGUGCUGCACAGCUUCAUGCUCCUCAGCAUCCCCUUCCGCCUCAGCUACUACAUUCUGGGGGAGUGGAGGUUCGGGCCGUUCGCCUGCCGGCUGGCCAGCGCCAUCAUCUACCUGCACAUGUACGCCACCUUCGCCCUGUACGCGGCCAUCAUCAUGGCGCGCCUGCUGCGCCUGGAGCUGCGCAAGUGCUACACGGCGGCCUGGGUGGCGGCAGGCUGGCUGCUGGGAGCGCUGGUGGUCACGCCCGUCCUGCUCUCCUACUACGGCGCCUCCACGACGCACCGGCCCCGCGAGUGCUUCCAGUUCCACAGGGAGCUGCGGGAGGCGCACAUGGUGAUCACCAACUACUGCCUGGUUGGGGUGCUGGUGGCAGUGUGCGCCGUGCUCACCGCCAUCCAGCUGACUGCCAUCUACAGAGUGGCCGUGAAAUACUGGCCUGAUGUCAACUCUCACGUGGAAUUCAGGGCUCAGGCAAAGAGUUUCUUCUUCAUCUUGGUAACUUUAGUCUGCUUUAUGCCUCAUCAUGUAUUCAGAGUGUAUUACAUCCAAAACUACGACCUUGAUAAAGACCAUAAACUGCUCCUAUACAAUGAGGUUUUUUUAGCUUUAACAACAAUGUGCUGCCUGGAUAUGUUGUGCUUCAUAGCAGGAAUAGCACAUUGAACUGUGAGCUACCAGGAAGUCCAGCUGCAGUGUGUCAAUAUCGGCUUUUGAGAGAAGUAAAACUGUGAUGGGAUUUUCCUGAGCUAGGAAGACUGGUGAGUUCAUGCCGUGCCUCUAUUCGUCUGCAGCAUUGUUUGGCUUUUGCAGGCCAGUAAGAUUACACUUUCACAAGCUACUCUUUUUAUCUUCUCUCUAGAAAGCAGACACACUUGAGUCUCACUCUAGUCUUGACCUAGGAGUCAUGGCCUGAAGCUCCAUUAAGAUUUUCCUUAGCUGUCUUUCUCUAGCAAUUACAGCACAAGUAUCCAUUCCUUUGUAAUUUUUUCCUCAAAGUGUCUCAAUAACCACAAUCCAUUGUGGCCCAUAAGUACUCUCCUCUGAAGGUCUAACUUCUGAAAAUUGUGAUACUGAAGGGAAGAGCUGGGGAAAAAAAUUUUUUACAGGAUAUUUGUACUAGUGGUUUUAGAUCGAAGGACAUAAACUUUACUCGAAUGAGAAGUAUUCACAGAUUGGAAUACUUCCGAUUGGAAGAGAACACAGUGGGUCAUCUGGUGCAACCUCCCUUUGUAUAAUUUAUACAAAAUUAAAUUAUGUGAAAGCUAAUCAUUAACACAGCUUCAUCCUUACUUGUGUCAUUCCAAAUCCACAAGGAGCUCUGAAUUGUGAUAAUUAUUUAGAGUGAAUGAGAGCAGAACAGGAUUCAAAACUUCUGCUUUAUGUCACUCUCCCAUCAGGACUGGAUCUGUUAUCUCUUAGGACCAUUGUAGCCAAAAAAGUUGCUGUUCUUCCAUAACUGGAUCUGGAAUUCAGUUGAGGGGCAAGAUCAGACCCUCUCCAGGACAUGGAAAUACUUUAUUAGCCUUCAAAAGCCUUUGAUGUCUGGUCACUUUCAGUUGUCUGUUGAUUUUAUCGAAUGCCAUCUUUUUCCAUUUAUGUACAUAAAAAACAAAACCAGACCCAACUUACUGAACUUAAAAACUUACUUUAUCAGUUCUGCAUAUGCUUGUGUAUGUGUAUACAAACUUGUUCUGAAGUACAUCUUUUCUCCAUUAGACAGAUUAUAUUCUGUGGGAAUCACAUCUGUUUUGGGAAUCUCUGUUUUAUCUUCAUGAUUUCAAAGUUCUUUUUAAUGAUUCAUUCUUCCUGCUCUGCUCACUGCAGAAGGUCUCUAACCCCUCUGUUGCAGACCCCACAGUCUUUUGCUGCAUCCCAGCAGCUUGAGGCCAGAUUUCUCCCACCCCAGACUCCUAGGAGUUACACAAGGCUACACUUCCUCCUUCACAGCCCUAUAAGUUCCCAUGAUUUUUUGUCUGGCAACCUUGGCUACAGAAAGUGCUAUAAUCCCUGGAUUCAAACAGAUUAAAGCUUGACUUGGGAGGAUAAUAAAGUACACUUACAAAGUAAUGCUACUAAUAC